CAAUACAAUAUCUUUGAAUUUCAUUCUUCGUCAGACUACGUUGACGAAUAGAACCAAAUUCAUGACGUUCAACAAUCAACUGGUGUUUUUUGAUUAAAAUAUAUAACAAAACUAAGAAAACAAUAAUGGAGGCUUGUUUAGGCCAAAGUUGCGCACUGGCAGCAAGUGGAACAUCAUCUGGAUUACUCUUUAUAGAACUUGUUCGAGCACUUUUAGGAGCACAAUGUGCUCUAAAUGUAGACAACAUUUAUCCAGAGGAUAGAACAACAGAAUUAUUAGAUGAAAAUUUAGAAUUUGAUUUUAUAAUUGUCGGUGGUGGAACAGCAGGUUCCGUUGUUGCUAGUCGACUAUCCGAAGUGAAUAAUUGGAAAAUUCUUCUCAUUGAAGAGGGUAAAAAUCCAUCAACAAUGAGUCGAAUUCCAAUAAUGUUAUUAGCAUUACAACAUACAGAGGAAGAUUAUAAAUAUCAACUUGAACCAAAUGAAAAUUAUUGUCAAGGAAUGAAGGAAAAAAUUUGUCAUUGGUCAAAAGGCAAGGCACUUGGUGGUAGUUCAGUGACAAAUGCAAUGUUACAUGUUCAUGGCAAUGAUCGAGAUUACAAUCAUUGGGCAAAAAUGGGAAACGAUGGUUGGAGUUACGAGGAAAUUUUACCCUAUUUCAGGAAGUCCGAAAGUUAUAAUGCCGAAUUUGCUGCACGAUUAGGCAGCAAAUAUUUCGGAACAAAUGGUCCCUUACCCAUUCGAAAGUUCAAUCACUCAAGCAAUUUUAUGUCCAAUCUUAUAAUGCAGGCAGCACGUGAAUUAGGAAUUCCAACAUUGGAAACAUUCAAUGGAAAGGAUUAUGUUGGCUAUGGAGAAGCUGAUGGAACAUUAGACAAUGGAUUGCGUGUAAAUGCAGCCGAAGCAUUUCUUGCACCGGUAAAGGAUAGAAAAAAUUUAUAUAUUAUUAAAUCAGCAAGAGGACAAGAGAUAUUAAUGUCAGGAAAAAAAGCAACUGGUGUUCGUGUAAAAUUGAACAAUAAUCAAAUCAUUGAUGUGAGAGCAACAAAAGAAGUGAUUCUAUCGGCUGGUACUAUAGAAACACCACAACUACUAAUGUUAUCGGGAAUAGGUCCAAAGAAACAUCUCGCUGAAUUUGGAAUUAAAAAUCUAGUCGAUUUACAAGUGGGUCAAAAUUUACAGGAUCACGCACUAUCAUUUGGUGUACAGAUUGUGUUUGAGAAUAAAACUGGACAGGAAUGGAAAAUAAGCGACUUUUUCUUAGAUUCUUCUUAUGACUUUUUAAUGCACAGAAAAGGUGAACUUGCAGCAACUGGUGGAAUUGAUCUCCUCGGUUUUCUCAACACUGACGAUCUAUCGGCAAAAUAUCCAAAUAUUGAAUUUCAUCAUGCACAUUUUCCACGUGGUAAAGUUUUACCAUUGGACACAAUGCUCAAUGCAUUUGGUGCAUCGGAUGAUUUAAAAAAUCAAUUAUUGGAAGAAGCAUCGACCAAGGAUCUACUAUUCUUUUUAAUGACAACACUUAAUCCAAAAAGUAUUGGUGAAGUAAAAUUACAAAGUAACAAUCCAAAUGAUCGUGUUAAAAUAAUUCCCAAUUACUUGAAACAUUCAGAUGACGUGAAUACUUUGUUAAAGGGAAUAGAAUUUUUACGUUCAUUAAUAAAUACAAAAGCAAUGCAAAGCAUUGGUGUUAAAUGGAAUAAAUAUGAUAUUCCCAAUUGUAGAAAUAUGGAAUUUGAUACCGAUGAUUAUUGGAAGUGUAAUUUUAAACAUACAUAUAAUACCGUUUAUCAUGCAGUGGGUACGGCAAAAAUGGGACCAAAAAGUGAUGAAAAAGCUGUUGUUGAUCCACGACUCAAGGUACAUGGUAUCGAGAGACUACGCGUUAUUGAUGCUUCAAUAAUGCCAAAAAUACCAAGUGCAAAUAUAAAUUCAGCUACUCUUAUGAUUGCUGAAAAGGGUUCUGAUAUGAUUAAAGAAGAUUGGACCGAAAGAGAUGAAUUGUAAUCUCAAAAAUGUGAUAAUUACUUUUUAAAUUUAUAUUUUACUUCUACUAUAUUCAUUUAUAUCUUUUAUAGUUAUAAACUACACUGAAAGAAGGAUUUGGUUUUAAAUAUAAAACUUUUGCUUGGUA